AGAAAUAUUUUUUCUUGUAUUUAGACAAAAUGAAUGAGCCACGUUACACUUUAGAAGUUUUUAUUAUCCAAACCGGUAGGCUUAUUUUCGUUCAACCAGUCCCUAAGGCAAAUCACGUGACUCUGAAAAGGCGGGUAACCACGCUUUUGGAAGCCAUUUUGCGGUAAAAUCCGUGAAGCGUUGGAUCGGCAGAAGAAAGAAAAUAGAGAUGGCGACCGUGACACCCUCAAAGUCCCGGAGAUCUACCCGAACCGAGGAGGAAUCACCCUCGACUAGUGGGGUCACAUCCCCGGGGAGGAGGGCUAGGGCGGCAUCGCCCGCGCGCAUCACCCGACAGGAGGAGAAAACUCAGUUACAGAAUCUGAACGAUCGUUUGGCGGCGUACAUAGAUAGGAUCCGAAAUCUGGAAACAGAGAACAAUCGAUUGCUUGUGCAGGUGCGUUCUACGGAGGAAACCGUGUCACGAGAAGUGUCCAGUGUGAAAUCGAUGUACGAGAAUGAAUUGGAGGAUGCUCGCCGGGUUUUAGAUGAUACUGCCAAAGAAAAGGCUCGUCUGCAGAUCGAGAAUGGAAAGCUCAAAGCAGACGCCGAUGAAUGGAAGAGCAAAUACAGCAAAAGAGAUCGGGAGGCUAAAGAUGCUGAAAAUAGUGCCCAGAAAUUGCAGAAAGAAAACAAUGAUCUACAGGCCAGGACAAGCGAUGCGGAGGCAGCAAGGAAGGCUCUUGACACAGAAGUCAAUAAAUUGAAAGGAGAGUUGGCCAAUCUGGAAAGGCAGCUUGCACAUGCGAAGAAGCAGUUAGAAGAUGAGACACUGCUGAGGGUGGACCUACAGAACAGACUCCAGAGCACAAAGGAAGACCUGCAGUUCAAAACGCAGAUGUUCGAACAGCAACUGACUGAGAGGACAGUGACUACUUCCAAAGAGUAUGAUGAAGUUGAUGCCUCCACUAUCAGAGAGGAGUACGAGAGCAAGAUGCAGGAGGCUCUGCAGGAAAUGAGGGAGCAGCACGACAGGCAACUCCAGGAAGUCAGAGGAGAAGUGGAAACUAUUUACGAACGACAGGUGGGAUCUCUGAAGAGUGCCUUGAACAGAAGUAUGAGUGGACCUACAGCUACUACUGAUGAGAUUAAGAUUACAAGGAAGAGAAUCGACGAGAUGUCCUCUGAACUCACAAAGUUAAAGAAGGAGAAUGCAGCUCUUGAGGCCCAAGUAUCAAACCUCCAAAGUCAGCUGACACGGGAGCAAGAAGAGUUUGAAGAGCGGCUGACCAUGAAGGACCAGGAGAUAGCAGACCUGCGCUCCACCAUAGAGGAGCAGAGCCAGGAGUAUGCUGACAUUCUGGAGGUCAAGAUCAAACUAGACAAUGAGAUUGCCACAUAUAGAAAGCUUUUAGAAACUGAAGAGGAAAGGUUAAACAUGUCACAGACCUCCUCCCCAGGAUCUACCCCAGGCAGCAGGCGGGGACACAAGAGAAAGAGAGUAGCCCUCGCUGAACAAGUCCAGGAGUUCGAAUCUCACUCAACCUCAGGGUUCUCUUCACAGUCUUCUUCCUCUGGAAAUAUUAACAUUGAAGAAAUUGAUUCAGAUGGAAAAUUUAUCAAACUUCACAAUGAAUCUGAUGAGGAUGUUGCAGUUGGAUCUUGGCAGUUGCAGUUGCGUCACUCGGAAGCAGAUGAUGCAGAGAGUAAAGCACACUACAAAUUUCAUCGCUCUCUUCAGAUGAAGGCACACACAUUCUGUACAGUGUGGAGCUCUGGCACUGGUCAGACCCACAGUCCACCAAGUGACCUAGUUAUGAAGGGCUCAAAGUGGGUCCCCAACAAAGAUGCCAUGGUCUGUGUUCUAAUAAACUCAGAUGGGGAGGAGGUUGCGAGGAGAGCAAUGACCAAGAAAGUUCAGAGAUUUACUACCUCUACAUACAGACCUUUGUCAGAACCUGGAGCAGAGAGAGCAGAGAGGGAUAGGUGUUCAAUCAUGUAGACAGGUCGUGGUUUCCCAAGGACUACCAUGAGGAGGGAGUAUUAAAGCAUCUCGCAGAUAGAGCUAUAUUCUGUGUAUAUCCAGACCUCAACUUCUCUUGCCCAGACCCAUGUAGUGUGUUGUGAUACGAAGGUCUCAAGUUUAUGCUUAUCUUUGGUACUUGAAUUAAAGUAAUGGGUUAGUCUCAUUAAUGUAAAUUGAUAGGAACUCUUAAGAUGGAGAUGUUUAUGCAUUUUUAGUAUUUCUCCAAAAAUUGAACCCAAGGCAGCAAUGUUUUGUGUACAUAACGAUGUUAUCUCAAGGAAUCCCUUUACUAUGGUACAGAUGUUCAUGUACAGUAAAUGUAUUUUCUCCCUUAUGAAUGGGCAUUAUUUGUAAAAUUGGAAUUUUUCUGCAUUGUGUAAGACUAUGUCAAACAAUUACAGUGUGUUCUGCACUGCUGGUAGCAUAACUCUUCUUUUCAUCUGAUAUCACCUUUAUCAUGUUUUUAUAGUUCAAUCAAAACCAAUAAUUGUAUACAUGUACAUGUAGUACCAUAAUUCAUGUUACUGAAGUGAGCAUAAUUUUGUAAACCCACCUUAAAGUGCACCAAAAGAUAUUUUUUUAAACUGUGAACAAUUAGAACAAUUUUGUUUACACUUAUUGCAAUUUUUUGUUGUUGUUAUAAGUAGGAUGCAUUUGCAGGGCUUUUUGAAAUGCAUGAAUAUUAUACAUGUGCUGAUUUUUUUUUUGGCCAAGUUUACACUAGGGUUGUGUAUUUUGUUCUCUCUUACAGUAGCUUUGAUAUUGAAAGUGCAUUAACAUGUACUGAUAUUUCAAAAUAUUCAUGCACAGUUCCUUCCUAGUAGUUAUUGUUAUUUAUUUGUCAUGUCUUUGCUAAAAGUAUGUUCUAUCUCUCCACCUAUAUGUUCAGUUGUUGAUAUACACAAUGUAUACACUGUAUUCAUGAUUGGUUAUAGUGAUUUUUUUUUUUUAAAUAUACAAACAUAUCUAAAUCAUGUAUGCAUUUUUAUUUCAAAAUGUUGUGGUUGGUUAAAAAUUUAACAAACAAAUGCUAGUCCAUCAUUGUACAAAAGGAUGUUUUGCAAUUCUUGAUUGUAAUAAUGUGAACGUUUAGAUAAAGUACUUCCAUUUUAUGUAGGGGUAGGGAUUGUUGUAGCAUUGACCCUUCAACAUUUGUACAAGUUUACCGAUCCAUUUAGAUUAUUUUAUACCAGUACAUUUAGGAAUGGUUUGGGAGGUAACUGGAGACAAAUCUUAUUUUCUUGGAAUAUACUUGCUUUAAAUUUUGUUUAAAUGUUGCUUAAAAAGUGCUUCUUGUAUUGUUAACUGGAUUAUCAGGGUAUAUGUUGCAUAAUGGUGCAUAUAUACUGUAAAAUUAUUAGAUUUCAUGGUGGCUUUUAAAUUUUUGUGGAAUUAACGGGUACCUCUCAUCCAUGCAUUAACAUCCUCCAUGAAUUAAUAAAUUAGACCAUGAAGUCAUAUUUCCUUAUGUAGGUAUAAGAUAAAAAAAGAAAAUGUUUUCCCACCAACCUGCUAAAUUUAAGCAAUCCAUAAAAAUUAGCCCCCAUGAAUUUUAAUGAAUAUACAGUAGUUACCAUCUUGUUUUUCUAGGUGUUAAAUUUUGGCAUUUGAAUCGGUGUUGUCUCCAGUAUGCCUAUGCUUUUAAUUAGUUAAAACUUAUAGAAAUUUUUAAAUGUCUACUAUCCAUUUAUAGAGCAUAUACAGUAAUAAAACAAUUCAUAUUUGUGUAAA